CAAAUUUGCACAUGCUUUUCCAUUAAACACCUCAUCAAAAUAUUGACAUCAAAUAUGUUUAGAGCGUUAAACAAGCUAUUUAAAUCAACCAAAACUCUCCGGAAUACUCAGAAAAGAUGUCAAUCAUCGGGGGAUAUCGAAAUCUUCAUCAACGGCAAGCCCAUCACUGUGCCCAGCUACUUUACUAUCAUGCAGGCUAUUCGUCGUGAGAAAGUAUUGAUACCUUCAUUUUGUUACCACGACAGACUGUCCAUUAGUGGAAAUUGCAGAAUGUGUCUUGUAGAAGUCGAGGGCAUGUGGAAGCCACAAAUAGCUUGCGCUAUGCCUGUGGGCAAAGGUAUGAAAAUAAGAACUAAUUCAGAAAUGUGCAUGAAGGCACAGGAAUCAGUGCUAGAGUUUCUUCUGAUAAACCACCCAUUAGAUUGUCCGAUAUGUGAUCAAGGAGGGGAGUGUGAUCUCCAGGACUUGACUAUGAAAUUUGGAAAUGAUCGUUCGAGAUUCACUGAUGUCCAUUUCGAUGGGAAAAGAGCUGUGGAGGAUAAAAAUUUAGGGCCAUUGAUACGAGCUGAAAUGACUCGCUGCAUACAUUGCACUAGGUGCAUAAGGUUUAGUGCCCAAGUUUGCGGUAUGGAUGUGUUGGGCACUUCAGGUCGUGGAGUGGAUAUGCUCGUUGGCACAUAUGUAGACAAAAUGUUUCUAUCAGAACUUUCAGGAAACAUAAUUGAUUUAUGUCCAGUGGGAUCUUUAACAUCUAUACCAUAUAUGUUUAAAGCCCGUCCUUGGGAAGUGACUAGAACAAACUCUAUCGAUGUAACCGAUGCGACGGGAACAAAUAUUAUUUUAAAUACUCGGUAUAACAGAUUAUUGCGAGUAUUACCCAGAGAACAUGAUGAAAUUAAUCAAGAGUGGCUAUCAGACAAAGGUAGAUGGGCAAUAGAUUCAUUAGAAAUGCAAAGAUUAGUAAGUCCUAUGAUUAGAGGUAAAGAUUGUUUAUGUGCAACAGAUUGGCAUAAUGCACUAAAAGCAGUCGCUUGUCUAAUCACAUCAGUGUGCCCUUUUGAAUUAGUGGCGGUAGCAGGGCCCCAUACCAAUGUGGAAACUGCGGUCAUAACUAAAGAUUUCUUGAAUAUCAUGUGUUGCGAGAACACAUUCGUGGAAUGCAACAUGAAUUAUGGAUUGUCAGGAUCGGAUAUUAGAUCUGGUUAUUCCUUGAAUGUAAAAAUGAGUGACAUCGCUACUGCUGAUGUUAUUUUACUCGUUGGUACUAACCCCCGGUUUGAAGCUCCAGUUCUAAAUGCCAGAAUUCGUCAAGCGUACAUGUUUAAUGAAUGCGAUAUUUACGUAAUUGGACCGAAAUGUGACUAUAAUUACCAUGUGAAUUAUUUGGGUGACGAAAUCAGUGCAAUACCGAAGGCUGCUACUUUGAUCCAAGGCGCCAAACGACCGCUCAUAUUUGUAGGUAUUUCUCAACUUGAAACAGAGAAUGCCUCAAAAAUUAUGGCCGAACUAUAUAAAAUGUCGGCAAAACCAGUCAAUUUGGCAGACGUAGAUUGGAAUGUAUUGAAUGUAAUAACUAAAGAUGCCAGCUUUGCAGGGGCGCUCGAAGCUGGAUGGAAACCGGGUGCUUUGGAAGCUAUUGCUAGAUGUCCACCGAAAGUGUUGAUAUCAUUAGGGGCUGAUGAGAUCUUCUACGAAUGGACGCCGCCACCUGACUGUUCCGUGAUUUACAUAGGCUUUCAGGGUGACCGCGGUAGCCAGAAUGCGGCAGUGGUGCUUCCUGGGAGUGCGUUCCAUGAAGCUGGCGGGUUGUUUAUGAAUAUGGAGGGAAGGUCUCAAUUUGCGUACCCUUCCAUGAGCCCGCCUGGAGACGCCCGCUUCGAUUGGAAGAUAGUACGCGCUAUUGCAGAAUACACUGGCGUGUACAUCAAUUACGAUGAUAAUUAUUCAUUAUGUCAAAGAAUGGGGCAAAUCAGUCCAAACUUUGUCGAUAUAGGGAAAUAUCAGCCGAAGCUAUUUGCCGCCUUACCUGGCCAGCUCGUGUAUAGCAAACAAGGGCACGCGGGUAAACUUGAUGUCGACAUGAAGACUAUAAAAGAUUAUUAUUGUUCAGAUGUAUUCACCUGUAAUUCGCCAACAAUGGUUAAAGCGCAGAAAGCAGCAAUAGAUUUUUCUAAAUCAUCUUAUGCUGCUAUAUAAUUUAUUAAAUAAUUUAUAAUGAAAAAAAAAACUAAUUUAUACAAUUUGUUAUCUGCAAAUAAAUUUAGUUUGGUAUAUGGU